AUGGAAACCCUUCCUCUCCCUCUUGAGGUCAUGCAGACCAUAUUCGCCUUUAGCCUAGACACACGCCUUCUUCAUCCCAGUAGGGCACCACUACUCCUCACACAGAUAUGUGCCGAAUGGCGGAGUGUGACACUUGCCACACCAUCUCUCUGGAGCACCCUCCGUGUGCCCGUCACAGACAAUGUGUCAGUUAUCCCUGCCCUACGGGGGUGGCUCGACUCCUCGAAAACUCUGCCUAUCGAUUUCGAGGUGGACUUUUCGAGCCACCCCAUUUUAUUAUACACCCAGAACAGCUACUCGAAAGUCCUGUGCACUCAUGCAAGUAGGUGGCGCAAAGCGAUCAUCAAGUUGCGUUACGAGCAAUCUAUGAGCACAUUUGCUCGCCUUCUUUCUCCUGGUACACUCUCCAUGCUGCAAGAAAUACAGCUGAGACCUGGCUGGGACGAGUUCAGUACAGAUUUUGGGGAGUCCGAUCGGCACCCAAAUUGGUCGUUGAUAGCUCUAUACAACUCUUGUCCAGCCCUGCACACUGUUUCGUGGGAGGAAAGGGGUGCCGUCGAGGCGCUUUCACAACUCUCGAGUCACUCAAUCCGCUGUCUCCGCAUAGACAUCUAUCUCGAGAACGUCAGGCGGCCAUUCAACGUAUCUACGCUCGAGCGUUGCUUUUCGCAAUGUCCAAACCUUUCCUCGCUCGAGAUGUACCUUCCUUACGUCGACGAGGACUCCAUUACCUACGACCGCGAUGCAGGGACUCCGCUGGUCAUCCCACACCUUCGUGAACUCAGCCUUACCACGGCUAACUUCAGCGUCCUGGCAUCACUACUCGCCAGAAUUCAGAUUCCCCGUCUAGAAGAGCUGUAUAUUUAUGUCGUCAGUGACGCUGAUUCCGCGGACUUCGCCACCCACCUCCAUGAUUUUUUAGCCAGUUGCAGUACCUCGCUGCGGAAGAUCGAACUCGUCUCCGACCAAGUCCUUCGUCACCCCCAUACCACCCCUGCGCUCUCAGGCCUUCCGAACCUGACAUCUCUGUUCCUUCACGACAUAUACUACCCUGGCGUGCUCACCAACCUUUUCAAGGCCCUGGCACUUCGCUUCUCGCCGUCUGGGCGACUCAUCUCAACACAGAAUGUUUGCCUACGUCACAUAUCAUUGGAAAUCGACCACCAUACCGUUCAAGAUGCAAUGAACAUCCGAUCGGAGGUCGCGCAUCAAGAAUUAGAGGACUUCUUCGCCGCGACGGUCAGCCUCAUAGUCUCGCGUUGGAAGCUUCCGCGCAACGCCUUGUCGUUUGAUGGACACGAGGUCGAACCUCUUACCACCUUCGACGUGGGACAACAUUUCGUCGAUCUUUACCAGCAUCAGUAUCCUUCGACAUGGCCAUCCGUCGCACAAGGCUGGAAGGCCGUAGAGGGGAUGAUCAGCAUUCUGCAACCGUAGGGUUGUAGUUGUGCAACCAUGAUAUGUGGCUCUACUAAGCACGCCCCUACCCUCUCACAUCUCAGAUCAUAGCCAACCUCGAUAUUACUCGCUAUCGCCUGAUUCGAACGAUCGAUUAUAACCCCCCUUCACUUGCUCUCUAUCUUCAUCGUCUAUAAUCGCCACCCUUCAAGGUUCCCUACCCCCUCUGAG